GUGACAUAAGAGAGGCUCGUGAAGGAGAGCCAGGAGAACAGCAGUGGGAGUGGGAGAGAGAGAGAGAGAGAGACAGAGGAAAGAAGGCGGACUGAUCUCCCGUAUCCUCUUCUAUGCUGUGCUCGCCAUUUGGUUGGCGAGGGCGAGGGCGGCGAAGAAAUCAGGAGGAAAGAGAAUCCCAAGAUAAAGGUUCUUUGGGGAUGGUGAGAUGGCUGCGGGGGGGGCAGAGCUCUUGAGAUCUCCAUUCUGAAAAAAAGCUGGGAUUUUUCUGGCGCUCUCUUCCGUUCAGUCGACGACCCCUUUGUAAAGUUUGCUCCUUGAAUUGCUUCAUGCCUUCGGGUUUGCGUUCCCGUGGUAUCGGAAUCAACGUUGGGCUCUAUUGAACAAUAGAAGAUAGAAGUCGAGGCGCAAUCCUGCGCGCUUUACUGAAACGGAACUGAGUUGGAGCAGGGAAGAAGGCGAUGUCGAGGCCGCUGUACCGUGGGUUCUCCGGUGGCGGAAGGGGAAGCGGCGGCAACGGCCAUGACUUCUUUGAUGUGAGCUAUCAGGCAAAGGAUUUAGGGGAGAAUGGGUUCGGCCACGAGCUCAUGAGCCCCGCUGGAACAAAUCGAAGCCGGCAAAGUCUCAUUUUUACCUUCCUUAAGCUGGGUCUAGUCGUCUUUAUCGUACUUUCGCUCUCUAGCUCCCUCUAUUGGGCCAUCUCCAUCUCCACCUCCUCUAGGGGCAACAUCCACCACGGCUACCGGCGCCUCCAGGAACAGGUUGUCGCUGAUCUCACAGAGAUCGGAGAGCUCUCGCUUGGAAUUGCACGGUUGAAAGAUUUGGAAUUCUGCCCGCCUGAGUAUGAGAACUAUGCCCCUUGUUAUAACAAUGUCUCCGAGGAUUUUGAUUUGGUAGAUCCCCUGGUGCCAAUUGAGUAUGAAAGAAACUGUGUUCCUGAUGCCAAGAAGGGUUGUUUGAUUCUUCCUCCAAGGAACUACAGAAUUCCACUGAGGUGGCCAGGUGGGAGGGACAUCAUUUGGAAGGAGAAUGUCAAGAUCACCGGACACGAAUUCUCCUCUGGGAGCUUAACCAAGAGGAUGAUGGUGGAGGAAGAGCAGAUCUCUUUCCGUUCUGGCUCCCUCAUGGUUGAUGGUGUAGAAGAUUAUACUCAUCAAAUAGCAGAGAUGAUUGGGUUGCCGAGCGAAUCUAACUUCAUCGAGUCUGGGAUAAGAACUGUUCUAGACAUAGGGUGUGGUUUUGGAAGCUUUGGAGCACAUCUCUUCUCAAAGCAGCUCUUGACCAUGUGCAUCGCAAAUUAUGAGGCAUCGGGUAGUCAAGUUCAACUAACACUCGAGAGAGGCAUUCCUGCCAUGAUCGGUUCAUUUUCAUCAAGACAGUUGCCAUAUCCGUACCUUUCUUUUGAUAUGCUGCACUGUGCAAGAUGUGAGAUUGAGUGGGAGAAAAAUGAUGGUAUUUUCCUAGUUGAAGUCGACAGACUUUUGAGACCUGGGGGUUACUUUGUCUGGACUUCGCAAAUGAAUACUCAUAGAUCCCAACGUGAAAAAGAAAAUCAAAAGAAGUGGUCACUGAUUCAUGAUUUUGCUGAAAAUCUUUGCUGGGAUAUGUUGUCACAGCAAGAUGAAACAAUUGUCUGGAAGAAGACUAGCAGAAGGAAAUGUUACAGUUCUAGGAAGGCUGGACCUGCAGUUUGUGGUAGAAGCCAUGAUGUUGAAUCUCCAUAUUACCAACCACUCAAUCCCUGUAUAGCAGGGACAAGAAGUCGGCGGUGGAUUCCCAUCGAGUGUCGUACACCCUGGCCUUCUCGAGCUAGACUGAAUUCAACUGAACUUGAUAUACAUGGAAUACACCUUGAGGACUUCGCUGAGGAUGCUGCAAAUUGGAAUUCGGUGAUUCAUAAUUUUUGGUCACUUCUUUCACCUCUUAUAUUUUCGGAUCAUCCAAAGAGACCUGGUGAUGAGGACCCAUCCCCGCCAUUUAACAUGCUUAGAAAUGUUCUUGAUAUGAAUGCUCAUUUUGGUGGUUUUAAUGCUGCUUUGUUGGAUGCCGGAAAAUCCGUGUGGGUGAUGAAUGUUGUGCCUACAAGUGGCCCGAACUAUCUCCCAUUGAUUUUCGACAGGGGGUUUAUUGGUGUUCAGCAUGAUUGGUGUGAAGCAUUUCCAACGUAUCCAAGAACUUAUGAUAUGGUGCAUGCUGAUGGAUUGCUGUCUCUCGAGACUCGCCAAAAGCAUAGGUGUUCCAUGCUCGACAUCUUCUUAGAGAUUGACCGCAUUCUACGACCCGAGGGUUGGGUGAUAAUCCGCGAUGCGGCACAUCUUGUUGAAGCUGCUAGAUCAAUGACAACACAGCUGAGAUGGGAUGCCCGCAUGGUGGAGCUCGACAGUAGCAGUGACAAAAAGCUCCUGGUUUGUCAGAAGCCGUUCUUUAGGAAGCAGCAGUAACUCAUACAAUUACAACAGCUCGGCAUAGGAUAAAUCAUUGGUCACAUGUGGAUGGUGGUUUCCAUAAAUUUCUCAUCAUGCAAAAGGUAGAAUCAGAAGCAAGAACACAGACAGUGGUGAGGCGAAGAUUCUUCAACAACCAAUGUUGCACUCCUGCGGAACCGCAAGGUUCGCAUGGGCUAUGUAAUUAGGCAAUAAAUUUGCAUCAGAGAGCAUAGGGUAGGUCAAGUUUGCCAUGUUUGGCAUAAAUAUAUGAACAAGCAGCCUAAAAAUUUAUGUUGCUAAGAAGUAUACUGGUUAAGGAAUGACUGCUGUAAUUUACAUGGUUGAAGGCAGAGAGCCAGCAAAAAACUAUUCUUUUUCUCUUAUUAA